GAUCUGGGUCAGUGCCGCGGUGCAUCAUGGUCCGCUGCUGUAUGCUAGCUGCUCCAUCAGGCUAACACGGGCUGUUUUGGUUCAAGACAGUUUGUAGUCGGCGACAAGUUUGUGUCUCUUCGUUUAUAAUCAAUAAAUAAUUACUUAAAGCGGAAAAUGUUGGUGAUAGAGGCGGUUGACACAGUUGGCACAGUUAGCUUAGCUAGCAGAGGAGGGGUUGCACAGACAAGUGACAUUAGCUCGCUGGAGGCUAAACUCACUGAUGUUUGCUUCUAACUGAUGACAAACUUCCCCCCCUGGUUGUUCCUGCGGAUCUGGACCGUCUCGUCUUAAACAAACCCCUGGAAGAACUUUCAGGACAUGAUUUAGGGAGUUUACUGUCGUCUGGAGGCUGAAGUUCUCAUUCUCCACCUGCUGCAGGACUGAGUGUGAGCUCUGCGGCGGCAUGUCGAUGUGUGUGGAGGUCAGACUGCUGCUGGCUGCCUCCAGCUGCUCCAGGAUCAACACCUUUGUUGGGAACUUUUGUCCAAAGCGAUUCUUCACUUCCAGCUUCUCCUCCAGACCCGGUGGGACUCGAACCCUGAAGCCCACUCAUCCACACAGAGCAGCGGGUCUGUUCAGGAACUUCAGAGCUGGUUUAAAUUCGCUGUGCAGCCAAACAUUUACAAGCCAGAGCAGAAGAUCUCAGAGCUCUGUGGUGGGACAGAGUCUGCUGCAGGGAGGUCCAGCAUGGCCCGUUUCCUUCUUCCGCCGUAGAGUCACAGACGCCUCCAUGUCCAGUGUGCCUCCAACAUUUGUAGUGAUGAAGUUUGACCAGGAGGGAAACGUGACGACAUUUGAAAAGAAGAAGACGGAGCUCUGCCAGGAGCUCAGUCUGCAGGCCCGAGAUCUUCGCUUCCAGCACAGCACUAGCCUCACCGCCAGGAACAACUGCAUCAUCAUACGGAUGGCGUCUCUGAAAGCCAUCCUGACCCCACAGUCCCUCCUGGUUCUGGACUUUCGGGGUCUUGGACUGGACCGCUGGCUGGUUCUGGAGCUUGCACCUCAGCUGGCAUUGCAGUCGCACUCCCUGCCCUUCGAGUUCAGAGCUCUGGAGGCUGUACUACAACACAAGGUGAACACUCUACAGACCAGGCUGAAUGAUGUGGAGCCGGUUAUCCUGGACACUCUGGAGUCCCUGGUGGAUCCAAAAAUCCUGUCUGCUGAUAGAAGUCAACUACACGUUCUGCUGCAGAACAGUAAGAGCUUGUCAGAGCUGGAGACGGACAUAAAGGUUUUCAAAGAUUCCCUGCUGAAGAUUUUGGACGAAGACGAGAUCAUUGAGGAGCUCUGCCUCACCAAGUGGACCGACCCAAGAGUUUUUGAGGAGAGCAGUCUGGGCAUCGACCAUGCUGAGGAGAUGGAGCUGUUACUGGAGAAUUACUACAUGCAGGCCGAGGAGCUUGGAAAUAAAACCAGAGAGCUGAAGGGACUCAUCGACGACUCGGAGAGCGUCAUCUUCAUCAACCUGGACAGCCACAGAAACGUGAUGAUGCGUCUGAACCUGCAGCUGACGAUGGGCUCCUUCUCUCUGACCCUGUUUGGUCUGAUCGGAGUGGCCUUUGGGAUGAAUCUGACCACCGCUUUUGAAGAUGAUCCUCGAGCUUUCUGGCUAGUAACCGGCUUCAUGUUUCUGGGCAGUGGCUUGAUAUGGAGACGACUGUUGUCUUUUCUGGGUCGACAUCUGGAGCCUUCGAUUCUUCGGCCGAUUCCUCCAGUGUGGAAGAGAAACAUGAAAGCUUCGGACGUGAAGCCUGGAGUCAGAUAAAGUUCUACCUCUGACCUGUGAACCCUCAGCAGCAGCUUUACAGAUGUUUUGUCCCCAUGCUGGUCCUCCUGAAAUCAACACAAAAGAUGCCAAGUUUCACCUGGAGGCUCUGCUGGAUUCUAAGUGUCUCUUCUGUUCUUCAAACCAUGUGGGAUUAUUUCAGAUGCUGGAUUAGGUCUUCGUAUCUGAUCAGGCACAGUGGACCCAAAUAUUAUAAUUAAUAUAAUAACCAUCUUACUGUGGAGUCAUUUCCUUCAUUUCACAAGUGAACAGAAGGAUAAAAAGUUAGAAUUUAAAUCAAUGUGAAUCGUGUGUGUGUGGGUGGGUGUGUGGGUGAAUGGCUGCUGUUGAGGUUUAUAAAGACUGAUUUCACUAUUUAACCUCUUUGUUGAACCAGAGUAACAGUAGUUUCCAGCAUUGCAGCAGAAAAUAAAAACUUUUCUAAACUCCUUUAAACUCAUUUCCUGCCAGAAAACAAAAUGUUAUCAGAUAAUGUGGUUUAAUUUUCAACACAUGUUAAUGUUAAUGGUUGUAUUAAAAGUAUUAAAGCUUCUACCAAAAGAA